UCUUGCCAAUGAGCCUCGUGAGAUGGCGUUACGUACUAGUUAUUGAGCAUUGUCAACAAGGCUGGCUCCAUGACAGCCUGGUUUAACUAUUUGGUCAGAAUGGCUUGACUUGACUUGACUUCCACCGACCACACCAGUCCAGUCGCUUUCUGAUACUUUGCCUGCUCUUGUUCCGUUGUGACGAGGUGCUGCGACAAAGGUCGUUAUAUAACAGCAGACUCUUAUAAGCAUCUGGAGUAUUGUUCUGCGGCUACUGAAGACCGUAACACAGAGAGAUGGACCCUCAAGCUUCAAUCGGCCGCGGCGAAAUGGCCGAAAUCCUCGCCUCGCUGCAGGAAAACAACAAUGAGACGGCUGCCAACGUCGAUGCUUGUCAUGAGAAAGUGGCCUCUCCGUUAACGGGUAUCUUCACCACCGACAAGUCCUUCUCGUCGCUUCCCCGGCAUACAGAUAAGCUCAUGUCGAAUCUGCGGAUGCCACUGCUACUGUUUUCUGACGACAAGGCUGACACGCUGGUUUACAUCGAUGCCGCCGCCACUGAACAAACAAAGCAUCGCUGGUUUCCACUCUCGCAGGCAAAUAAUAACAUCAUCCCUCACCGCAUACACAGCCAGAAACUGCUCAGCACCGGGUCCCCCGUCCUGAAGGGACUUUUCGAACCACGCAGACAGGCACGAGCCCGACGACGCUACGGACUAACACAAAAUAUGCCCCCAUCCAUUAAACACGUCAUUGAUCUUACCCCCGCCUUAGAGGGUGACGAUGCGGUUGUAUAUAUGACCGAGCUUUCAUGUCCAAUGGGCGUAAGGAAAUGGGCACAGUAUCAGCCCGGUUGGAGGCUUCCAUCAAUCUGCGUCAGUGGAAAAGAUGAAGUAGAAUGGCUUGAAGUGAUUGAAGUUGAGUCUCCAAAGGUCGAACCCUCGACGACAACUUCUCCGUCUGGAAAGGGGAGCAAAAAGGGUAGCACUCAAGGCAAAGGGAAUGGGAAGGAAAAAGACAAUAAGGUCAAAAAGCGACCCAGAUCGCCCCGCCGAAUCUUGAAUUGGGAAGGAAAUUUACCAACUUUACGCUCAGAACCGCCUGCUCAGUCUACGAAAAAAUCAGCAGAUAUUGAUGAAGAAGACAUGCCGCCGAUGAUGAAAAGGAUACCCGGCCUCCCUCUCGACUACUCGCCUAUCCGCCACCGAACUUGUCUUGAACGUAUUCUACAUUCCCUCGAAGAACUAGACCCAGAACUUGACUCCGCGCCUAAAAUGUGGACUUUUUUUGCACUCGCAAAACUUCUUGGUAUUGUGGAGAACCCACUUAUCGGCGAUCACAUCGUGGCCUGGUUGUAUGAGGGCAAUAAUCCACUGUUCGUAGAAGUCAACCCCGAGUUAGCCUACCGGAUGGCCUGCGGUUUAAAAAAUACCCAGUUGUGUCAAAGUUCUUUUGCCAUUCUCGUUGGUGAAGAGGCUUUAUCCCUUCUGAAUUUGUCUAUGAAUGGCUUGAUUCCUAGGCGUGUGGCUCAAACCAUGUACGGUCGCACCCGCGAGUCACUCGAUGAUACAGAGCUUCAGCGGAUCGAAUACGCAAGCAAAGUCUUUCUAGACCGUAUUCUAAAUACCUUCAUCCAACUUGCUGGUAAUCAAAUGGGAUGGUUAGAGAUAAUAAUUCGAAAACACAUCAAAGGGCCAGUUACACCGAGCCACGAACCGGUUAUCAAUAACCUUAUCAGCUUCUUUAAAGAUUGUGUGCGUAGUCGGAUUUGCGAGGUCUUGCAGCGGCAGAGAGUGCCAGACAUCGACUUCGAGUAUCAUAUCGCUACACAAGACAACUACCCUGGUUUGAAACAUCAGACCGCUAUAGCUGAUAUGCCAUAUAUUUGUCGAAUUUUGACCCGAACCUUUUGGAAAUCACUCAAUAGCUCUGUAUCUUUCCUGGGUGGAAUGGAUAUUGCAAAAGUCCUUCUACGAUACUCCUCUCUUAAGGAUAUGGCGCCUGAGCUCCCCAGCUUCAAGGAUCAAGAGUGUGCAACUAUUCCAUACAUCUCCCCUGCUGAUGUGCAACUCUCACUGGACAACUUUCACACAUUAGCGAAUGGCUUCGAUUCUCUACACUGGGCCAAUUUGAGCACGCGGAAUUAUUCCAACCAGCGAUUAUUGGAAGAAGAUGCUGUUAUUUACUUUGAUACAGACAGAUGUGAGGCAGAUAUUGGAUUUUAUCUCGGGGUAGUUGCAAGUGGUAUCAUCGCUGCCCCCAAUUCAAUAGGCCCGGUGAAUGAUGGAGUGCAAUUUCACACAGUCGAUACACUCAUUAGUCUCAGUGAAGACGAAUUCAAAUUCUUACCCUUGUGGGCUGGCGGUAAUGACGACGGGACUGGAGGCGUCUUUAUCGAUAACGAUGUUCCCAUGAUUGAAGCUGGUGGUUUCUCAACCGCCGGUCCAUCGAUUCAUACCGGGUAUUCAGCACCAUCGGAGGCUGGGGAUUCAAUGGGUAGCUCAUUCGAUAGCAUUGAUCCGGAUGAGGCAGUGAGCACGGUUCAUCGGGCUUCGCAUGAAGCGACAGACAGUUAUGCCACAACAGUUCGUUCUGCGUUCUCGACGGGCUCGUCUACAUUUGAACUAGUCGAGGAAGUUCGAGGUAUGGACAUCAAAGGUGAACAAUCGGGUACUGUCAGUGGAAAGGAUCACGACAUUGACUUUGAUAUUGAUACAUUGGAGAGCGAUAACGACUUUUACUUAGAGGAUUAUGAUGACGACGAUGACGAUGAUAAUGAUAAUGACACAGUUGGCGCCUCGGACAAAAAUUAAUUCUACAGGCUUCACGGAUUAUGAUGGAACUCGCAGGUGUGGGCUAGCUUUUUCUUGUUUUUCAUACACAUAAUACACAACUAGUACCUUAAAACUAGGGUAUACUUAGCAAAAUCA